ACAUGACUUCAUGCAAAAUGGUGGACCAUUGCCACUUUCGAUAUCAGUUUGUUUCAAAAUCGGUUUUUCUGUUUAGAUUUUCAAGUUUUAUUUUAUAUUCUAUGUUAAUUAUUGGUUUAUACAGCAUAUUUAUUCAAGCAAAUGAGCUAAUUAAAGAUCCUUUAUAUAAAGAAUUUUUAGAAUUUGCAAUUAAAUACAAAAAGCCAUAUAUUUUUCGUGAAAAUAGUAAAAAUGGAUCAUUGACAAAUUCAAAUUCUUAUACUUAUAAUAAUUCUGAGUCUGUACUGCAUUUUCGAUUUACAAUUUUUAAGGUAUUUAAAGUAUAAUUAUAUAAUAAUAUUUUAAGUUUAAGUCUAUUAUUUAAUUGCUAGCCUAAAUGUUUAAGGGGAAAAUUGAUAAGUGUAGGCUAGUGUAGGCUUAGGGCUUAGGGGGUUUGGAGCAGACAAUGACUAUCAAUGACAGUAAUCAGUAAUGACAAUAUAGUAAUAUACUGUACUAGUACUUUACUGUACUGUUGUAUACUUAUGUAUACUUUAUCAUUUUUAUGACGUUUUAUAUAGAUAAUGGAUCCACCCAUCAAUCUUUGAAAGCUCUGCUGUCUCCACUGUGAGGUCUGGAUUGGCCUAAUGCCUAACCUAAUUAUUAACUCAUUCAUUUUUUGGGCUCCUGCUCUAAAAAUAAAAGAUGAGAGUCUUUAGAUAAUAUAGUCAGAGAAUAUAAUUAAUAUUAAACAUUUAAAAUUCCUGCUGUUGAUAUAAUAAUUAAAUGUAUUACAUAUAUAUAUUUAAAAUAAAAAACAAAAAAACUUAUUUUCACUUUAGGGUGGGGGACACAGCAGGUGAGGGUAAGCGUUAGAGAGCAGGGCAGCUUUGUUAUGUAAGGUUCCAGAGCAGGAGGAAUGUGGAAAGAGGGGUGAGAUGAUAUGGAGCAACUGGGGAACUGGUAGAGAGAUAAGGAUGGUGAGGGUAGGGCAUGAGGGGGAGUGGAACAUAGAGCCUUAGAGGGGAAGAUGGCAUGUAAAGGGAAGAUGGCAUGUAAGGUGAAUUAAGGUAAGUGCAGGGAGAGGUUAGGGAGGAAAGCACAGGGGGCUAGCAGGACCGGCUUAAAAAAUAACCAGGGCAGUAUUUAUUAGAAAUAAGUUACAAUAAUUUCACAUUUAAUAUUAAUUAAAGAAAAUAAGAUAAUAAAUUAAGUAACAUUAAAAUAUAAAUAAAUAUAAAAACUAUAUCUCAUUCUGGACACCCAUUUCAACUAAUUUGUCUUAUGAAAGGAAACAGUUCAACUAACAUUUACAUUGGAAAUUAACAUUUUUGUGAUCCUUUCUUGUACCGUACCCAAGAAACACUCAGGGAAAAAAUGAAGAAAUACACAAACAUAAUUGAUAUUAAAAUAAUUGUAUAAUAAAUAGACUUGUACAAUUUACCAACUACUUCUUGUGCUGUUUUAAAGUCAUAAUUGAUAGGUAAAAUUUUUACUUGUAUAGUUUUUGGAACUCUAACUGCCAAAAUGAUGUACUGAAAAGAUAAAAUAACAGAUAAUUCCAACAGAAGGAAACUUAAAUCCAAGUCAUUGUUCAUUUGUCAAAAUACAACAUAUGCUGGCAAUUUCACUUUGAAGAAAAUUCAAAAUUCUAUACCCCAUUAAUGUCAAACCAAUUUAGGCUUUCAAAUUGUGCUUCUCAAAUGUUUGAAAAAAAAGAAAGGAGAUUAUACUUAUUAAAAAUACAUCUUUCAUGUAUUUUUAUAAAACAAAACGAGGAUGAUUUCCUUAAAAUAUUUUAAUAAGACACCUUAUUCUCCCUAAAAAUUAUACAUUUCUUGGAGGAAAAUUAAGCUCUCGCAUUUGCUCCACAAAUGUUUUUUCAGGAAGACUUUGUCUCUCAUAGUUCUUCAUUAAUUAUUAUGUUGGACCAUCGAAUUCUAAGGAUUUUUCUUAGGCAUCAGUUUAAAAAUUCUUGCAUUUUCUUUAGGUUUGUUGCAGUGGUUCUCCAGCUCUGUGUUCCACAGGCUUUAUGAAAGUGUUAAAUACCUUGAAAAUUGUUUUAAGCGUUAGAUCUCUGGAGUGCCAGACAUUUUUUUCAGUUGUUGGAAAGGUACUCUUAGCAUUUUCAAUCUUUACUUUUAUGUCUGCAUCUUGUCUCUCCUUGCUUGUCUAUAAUGCUCUUGCGAUAGGUGAACCUCAAAACCUUUUGUAGUCCUUCCUCCAUUAUAGAUUUGUUGCUCAAUAUGUUAAUCUUAAGUGAACUCAAUGUGUGGGAAAUGAAAGUAUAAUUAUAUAAAUCUGCAAGCAGUCUUUGACACAGUGGGAGAUAUUGCAUCUACUCUCUAUUUUUAGCUUAGAUUUGUUAAAUAUCAACUCUUUACACCAGGCCUGCACAACUCAAAAUGUAAGGUGGGCCGUACUACUUUAUGAAAAACUUGUGCAGGCCGAAAGAAAAUAGGACAGGGGGGAAGCUAUUAAGAAGAUAAUAAUUAUGAAGAAUAUUUAGUUACUUCGCAGACCGCAGAGUGGGUCCUGGCGGGCCGCAUGUGACCUGCGGGUCAUAUGUUGUGAAGGCCUGCUUUACACACUAAAAAUACAGAGAUUGACAAUAACUGUGGAUUGGUGGGAUAUUAAAUUUAAAUAGCUUAUUUUGCUUUAAUAAAAAAAGUUAUUAUACUUAUGUUAAUUAUACAUGUAUUUAAUUUACUAUUUCAGGAAAAUGUUGCCAGAGCUAAUCUACUGAAUAAUGAAACAAAAAAUGUUUUGUCUCCUGUAUAUGGUGUCAACAAAUUUGCUGAUAUUAGUCCAAUGGAAUUCAAAGGUUUUUAAAAUUUUAAAUCCAUCUAAUUUAGUUAAAUUAAUGUUGAGCCGAUAAAGAAAGGUCUUACAAAAAAUUAAGCAUUGCUCAAAUGAAUAUUAUAUAUAUUUUAUAGUACUUGUGUAUAUAUAUACACAAUAUACUUGUGUGUAUAUAUAUAUAUAUAUAUAUAUAUCAAUAAAAACUUAACCUUGAAGUUAAACAAUGUUAUCGUUUUUUUAUUAUCUACUAUGUUUUUUGUAUACCCAACACAUGCAUAGUAUUUUUAUUUUAAUUUAAUUCGCUCCUGGUUACAGUAGCUGUUUUAAAAUUUAAGUGUCAACACAUUAACACAGUGGCCAUGCAUUUGGAGAAUUGCAAACAUGAAACAUUCUGAUUGAAAGGAACUCUGUACUUCUGUACUAGCAAAUUUCAGUUUCUUAACAGUGUUAAACAUGUUUAGUAAAAUAGUUUUCCUUUUCAUGAAACAGCCAAGUACUUGACUGGUCUUAAACAUAGAAAUGGCAGGAAAACAGUGCGGCCAAUCAAUGGCAUCGUCUCUUUUCAAGUCAAGGAUACAAGAAAUUUAGCUCCACCCAGGAAAUUUGACUGGUAUUAUAACUGUUGUUAUUUUAGAAGUGUUCACAAUGUUUAAAUGUAAAUCUACAGGAUGCAUGUUUUUAGCUGUAGCCUUUUAAUUAAAUUCAUUUUAAGAAAUUAAAAUAAUUUUAAAGCUAACUUCUUUAUUUUGGAAUAAUAAAUUUAAGUAAAAAAAUAAGAAGUUAUAUUAUGGUUACCUAUUAACAUAAAACUUUGAUAGUCUUAGUUAGGCUGCAUAUUACAACAUUAGUACAAAAUUUGGAAUGGGUAUUUAAAAAAAAAAAAUUAAAAAAUUAAAAUAAAGAGCUUAGUGAAGUUCUUUUCGUUUUCUAAGUUUAAUUUGUGUAUCUAUUUUGGCUUUCAGGAGAGAAAAAGGUGUGGUUAAUCCAAUCAUGGAUCAAGGAUCUUGUGGAGCCUGCUGGUAUACAUGGCUUUUAUUUUGUAAAUUCGUUUGCAUUUUUGUGCAUGUUAUAAUAAUGUUAGUUAAAAUAUCACAUAUUAAAUCGUUGCUGCUUUAGAGGAAUGUUUAUUUCGAUAUCUGAAACACGUAGGCAUAUCAUUGUUGUAGAAUAACAAUAAAUAAAAAAAACUCACUGACACUCAGCAUUGUACAGCCUCAAAAAUAAAAUAUUUUCAGGGCCUUCAGUGUUGUAGAAACUAUAGAAAGUAUGUACGCCAUACAGCAAAAUACCACAUCUCCCCCUCACCUCAGCGUACAAGAGCUGAUUGACUGUGACUCCAAAAAUAUGGGUUGUGUUGGCGGUGACAUACAGGAGGCCUGUGACUGGGCUCAACAGGUAAGUUUAAAAUACUAUUACUAUUUAAUGCAAAAUAGAAGACAUUCUAAAGGUCUUUGCAUGGACACAUCAAAUAAGUUUAGAAUCUGAUAUUUGGAAAUAUGUACUACUACACUGUAUGGAAAAGCUUCUAGGAGUUAUUGGGAAAUUUGCUCAGAUUUUCUGCUAACUUUCUAUAAUCUCAGUUUCUAUGUAAAUUUCAUUUUAUCCCCACUGUUUUACUUGAUCUGUUCACUGAAGAAGGUUUCUGGUCAAUGUGUUCGUUGUGUUGUUCUAUUCUUGAGCUAUUAAAAACUGGUCUAUCUUUUUUGGAGACCCCCCUCACCAGUAAUAUUCUUAAAAAAACCUCCUAUUUUCGCUUUCCGUGGGAAGUGCUUGUUAGAAGCCACCACUGUGCUAUUAAAGCACAUAUUGGCACCAAAAGUUGCAACCAUAACUGCUGUAACCUGUGUCCCUAUGUGAUUGAAGUUGAUAAAAUCACUUACCCUCUGGAAAUAUUCAGACUCAAAGAUGGUUUUACUUGCACAAGUCACAACAUGAUUUACACCAUCCUUUGUAAAUAGUGCGGAAAAUUAUAAGUAUGCAAUACAGGUCAUCACCUAAGAGACCUAAAGCAAGACGUGGACAAAAUGGAGCGAAUACAAGGCAACGCAGUGCGCUUCAUCGCAAGUGACUACAAAACCACUACUCCUGGCUUCGUCACUGACCUCUUAAAAAGAUUUGAUAUCCCCUCCAUCAAAGACAGACCAGAAAAGCUCCGUCUAACAUUUCUCUAUAAUGUGGUCACAGGGCUAGUGCCGGCCAUUCCAGCUAACACAUAUUUAACCCCACAGAAGCUAGGUCGCUUAAUCAGAGCUAAACGCUCAAUAAACACUGACUUCGCCUCUGACAACUCCUUGAGCAGUUACAUCCGGAAAAAUUAUAAAUGCUUCACUGUGCCUCGAUGUACCACAAUUCAAUAUAAACGAUCAUUCUUCCCGCGAACCAUAAUUGCUUCGAGCCAACUGGACAAUGCCGCCAUGGACUCGAAAUCAAUUGAGAGUUUCAAGGCUGCCCUGGCACCCGCUAGGAGUGGUUAGGAUAGUCGCAUCAUUUCCCAAACCAUUGCACAUAUGCCAGUACUUGGUUGCAGCAACGUAGUCUAUCAGAAUCAGAGAACACUUGUACUACAUCAAUAAACAAGCUUUUUGACCCAUUUCUAAAAAUUUCAAUGGAACUUUAGACAUUGUAGUUACAGGUAUAUUGUAUGCGAGUAAUACACCUGAUAGAAUUUAUAUGGAAAACAAAUCAAUAAAAAGAUUUGGUAUGUUGACUCCGUUUGGUGUAAACCAAAAUUCAAAAUUCAUAUAACGGCAAGGUCUUUUUUCCUGUUUGGUUUUAUAUUGUACUUUUACUUUUCCAUUCUUCUGAUCUUUGUUUUCGUACUGGACUUGUGCCAAUUCUUCUUCUUUUUUUUUUUCACUUUAGGUAUAUGAACGAUAUGCAUAUAUUAUGCAUUUCAAUUUUGGCUAUAUCAAUGUUUUUUAUUGUAGUGAUAAUGCAUUUUAAUUUUAUAUAUUAUUGAUUAUAUCAAUGUUUUUUAUUGUAGUGAUUAUGCAUUUUAAUUUUAUAUAUUAUUGAUUAUAUCAAUGUUUUUUAUUGUAGUGAUGAUGCAUUUUAAUUUUAUAUAUUAUUGAUUAUAUCAAUGUUUUUUUAUUGUAGUGAUUAUGCAUUUUAAUUUUAUAUAUUAUUGAUUAUAUCAAUGUUUUUUAUUGUAGUGAUGAUGCAUUUUAAUUUUAUAUAUUAUUGAUUAUAUCAAUGUUUUUUAUUGUAGUGAUUAUGCAUUUUAAUUUUGAUUAUAUCAAUGUUUUUUUAUUGUAGUGAUGAAGGCAUUUGCAGAAAUGUUUGAAUUUGCACUUUGCCUAAUCAUAAUUAAAGCUUACCAUAUGUUAUUUUAUUGACAUAAAUUAUUUGUGUCUCACUUAUCAGCUCUUGAGAUUUCCCAAACCAUGUGCUUCAUAUUUCCCUGUGCACAGCUUCAUUGCAGUCUCCCUAAUAUAAUCCUGAAUCUGAUUUUACAAGAAACAAUUUAGUAUAUUAUAAAGCGAACAAUGUAUAUUAUGCCACCCUAUAAUUUAAUUUGAUGCUCUUAAGGCCCUCCUAUAACUCUUUUGAUGACCAUAAAUAAUAUUGCUACUAAUCGAAUUUGCCUACAGCAUUGUGUUGUGUGGGCUGACAGCUACCCACUGACUGAUAAGACUGACACUUGUAAGAGACUACCCCCAGAGACUCCUUGUGUGCAUCUCAAGUCCUGCAAUGCUGCAAAGUAAGUCCUUAGCAGAUCUUGGAACUUUUAGGACAUUGCACUGGUGGUGACUAUAGAAAACCUUUCAAUACUGCACCAUUUGUGUCCAGAGGAAACCUUUCAAUAUUGCACCUGUAUUGUCCAGAGGAAACCUUUCAAUAUUGCACCUGUAGUGUCCAGAGGAAACCUUUCAAUAUUGCACCUGUAGUGUCCAGAGGAAACCUUUCAAUAUUGCACAUGUAGUGUCCAGAGGAAACCUUUCAAUAUUGCACCUGUAGUGUCCAGAGGAAACCUUUCAAUAUUGCACCUGUAGUGUCCAGAGGAAACCUUUCAAUAUUGCACCUGUAGUGUCCAGAGGAAACCUUUCAAUUUAAAAAUAUAGUAGGAUGCAGUAUAAGAAUAAGGUUGUGACGUGACAUAGGCUAGGUCAUUGGUCUGGUAGAAAGCCAUUACUGAACACAAUGGUUGGCUACAUUUCCUUAUAAUACAACAAUAAUGUGCAAAUAGUAGUUUCAAGUUGAUCAGUUUGCAGUUCAUGAGAGCUGUACAAUGGUACACCCGUCUGUGUCAUGAUCAAAAGAUAGAAUGUUCAAUACAGUGGUACAGCCGUUUGUGUCAUGAUCAAGAGAAAGAAGUUUCAAUUAUCAUCUGAGGUCACGCCAAGUUAUAAGUAAAUAGCCCGGUGGAAUUAAUACACUAACACAGUAAGGCAAUAGCUCUUGGGGAAUACUCAGAGUAAACAACUCGAUUGGAAAAAAAAAAAACAUUUUAGAGUACAAGUUUUUAUUUAAGUUUAAAUAUAAUUAUAAAGUCAUAGGAUAUCAUGUAGGUUCCUUUGUGUGCUUUGCAAAGGUGCCAUUUGCUUGUAAUAUGGUGCCUUGCAAAAAUUAAUAUUUAUAGAUUCAACUGUCGUCAUAGUCUGAGCGGUUCACCAGAUGUCAGCUGUUUGGGACAUAGCCAAGUUGGUGAAAAUUGUGCCAUAGCCCAAGCCAAAUUAAUAAAAGUUUCUAAAAUAAAGUUUUUUAGAAGUUAUGAAGUACUGGGCCAUGCAUAAUCCCUGUAACUUUACCAGUGAUGAUACAGCUGCCAGAUUAAAGCAGGAGCAACAACAGCAAAAUAACAAUUUUAAACUUAAAACUUAAAAUGAUUUCAAGAACAAGUUAAGGAUAAAGUUUGCAGUGAUAAAUAAUUCAAAUUUGAAACAAUGAACACAAGUUGAUAACAUGUUGCCCUUUCAUAACUCUCAUCAAGCCUGUCAUUUUUGUGUCAGUUAAAUUCUUUAUGUAGUAUAUAUAAGUUCUCUAUGAUUAAGAAGAAAUUAACCAAUGUUGCACAGCUUAGUUUCAAGGUAAUUAUUUAUUUUCAAAAUUAGAAGUUAGAAUUUACUGUUGGUUAACAAAAAAAUGUAUCUUCCCAUGCCCUGUGCUUUCUUUCAGGUAUGUUGAUAACGAAAGCACACUGUUAGAUCUUAUAGCUGAGCAUGGGCCGAUUGCCGUGGCCAUCGAUGCUACAACAUGGCACAACUAUGUUGGAGGAAUAAUUCAGUAUCAUUGCUCAGAGACUCUAAAUCAUGCAGUGCAAAUUGUGGGAUACAACUUGGAAGGUAAGGAUAACUUUAAGGUGUAUAAGUGUGUCACUACACAGUAAAAAUAAAAUACUUUUUUUAAGAGAGUUUUUUUUCUGGAUAAAAGCACUCAGGCUUCCUACAGGUUUUCCCCUUUCUCUGGUUUAAAACUGUAAUUUAGAAAUUUUUACUAAAAAGUUGAUCAGUCAAGAAUACAUCAACUUUUCAUAUAUUAAUAAUGUUUUUCACCAGACUAAGAUGUGUAUAAAAUUUGAGUUCUUCAAAAAGUAGAGUAGUUGGUAAAAAAUAAUUUCUCGAAAUGAACAAAUAGGUGACAUCAUUCAUACUCAAAAGUAAAAACAUUACAAGUGAAACAAACAAAAUUAAAGAUAAAAGCACCAAUAAGACCAGUAGUAACAUAUGCAAGCGCAAUUUGGGCCCUAACAAAAAAGACAGAAAACCUAUUAAAAACAUGAGAGAGAAAAGUUCUCUGGAAAAUAUGCGGAUCAACAACGGAUGAAUAUGGAUGGAGAAUACGUACCAACUAGGAAUUGUAUAGUCCAUAUUAGGUUCCCAUGCUGUAUUAGAAAUAAAAAAAGGGGAGGCUGCGCUGGGCGGGACACUUAGAAUAACAGAAAGAAAUGACAGAGGAGUAAAUUGGGUUGCACAACCAAAACGGCAGAGGAAAACGGCUCAAAGGAGACCUAGGCUAAGAUGGGUGAAUGAUAUGGAAAAAGAUCUAGAGUAGCUGGGAAUCCAAUCAUGGAAAAGAAAAGCAUCACUUAGGUCUGAGUGGAAGUAGUGAGGCAGACCAAAGCCCUACAUGGGCUUUAAUGCCACAGGGAUGGAUUCAUGAUAAGUGAAAUGAAAUAAAACUUUUUGUGAGAGCAAUAGCAAGGAACUAGCCACUUGUAAAACUAAUUCAAUAUUGAUAUUAUUGAAUACUUUUGUUAUUAAUUCAUGUUAUGUCAAAUAGUUGCCCAUUUUAAUUAGGUGAUGUCCCUUACUACAUAAUCCGUAACUCAUGGGGAUCAGACUUUGGUGAUAAUGGUUAUGUUUAUGUCAAGUAUGGUGGAAAUGUUUGUGGUAAGUAUCACAUUUGGUGACAAUGGUUGUGUCAAAUGUUGUGGAAAUGUUGGUAGGUUUAAGAAACAAUCCCAGUUUACCAAAAGUUAAAAAGAUUUGGUUAAAGAUUCUUUAAAAAGAAAUUUAUAAUUAAGAUUCUUUUAACGGAUUCUUUCGUCAUUGCCUUUAUUUGUGUAUUGUGUUACUUACAUAAUAUAUAUGUAAGUUUGUAUGUGUGUGCGCUUUAUACACAAUUGAAAAAUUUCUUUCAGGUCUUGCUAAUUUGGUGGUCAGUCUUGAUACAGUGAGAACUCUUGACAAACGUUAGACAAACAACACAAGUCUGCUUUAUAACCAGAGGGAAACGAGUUUAACACAAACAGGAAUGUUCAAAAAACAGAUUUUGAGCUAAACCUUCAGUGAUACUGACUUUAAAAAAAAAAAUCAAAACAAAUUAACUUAAUUGUACUUAAGAUAAAUUAACUCACAUUGUUUCACCAUUGCACCUUAAGUUGUGAUAAUCACGAUUAUCUUUUUUACAUGCUCGUUCAUAUUUCAUGUUGCUUGUAUUUCAAACAUGUUAAUCAUAUAUAUUUUUUCAUAGAAGUUUUAUACGGUAUAAAAAACAACAUUUCUCUGUAAUUUUGGCUGUUCCUCCAUUUAUUAUAACUUACUCAUUGUUAUGACAUGUGUUAUUAACACUAGAAUUUGUUUAGUUAUAUUUAUAUACACUAGCAGUAUAUCUUGUCUAGAUCUCAUUAUUGAAAAACAAAAGUUUGACUUUAUUUAUUGAGAAAGGUGGACCUUUUUCAUAUUUCGGUUAAAUAACUUAUGUUUAGAUUUUUUUUCUCCCUCUGUCUCCAUUACUAAAAAAUCACCCAAAGAUUCCAAAUUUGACAUUAAAGUUCCAGCUUUGAGAUGCAUUUAAAUGUAUUUACCCAUUUUAUUUAGAUUUAGGUGAUGUCCCUUACUACAUAAUCUGUAACAGAUGAGGAUCAGACUUUGGUGACAAUGUAUGCAAGCAGACUUCGGGAAUUGGAAAUAUCCCUUCAGUACAGUAUGUAUGAUGGAACCAGACACCAGAGUUAAAUGUUUAACCGAAAUUUGACCAGAAAGGAAACAAGGAAGACAAACUGCAUCUGCUGGACAUACUGAAUGGUGUCAACAGCAAACCUAUUUGAUUUUACACGUUGCCAUUGCAACAGAUUCUAUUUUAUGUAAAACAUUGCAACAGAUUCUAUUUUAUGUAAAACAUUUUUGUUACACUGACAGUAGUUUGUAAGGCAUAACUCAUCUCAUAUAUUUCAUACUAAGCUGUUUUUUUAAAUUUUUUUAUAAACAUUAUCUACCGUACUUAUUCAAAUAAACUGCACUAUCACUAAG